GGCUGGAUGGCCAUCUGUUGGGAGGGUUUUGGUUGUGUCCUUUUAAAGCAUUGGACUGGAUGGACCCUUAGGGAUCUCUCCCAGUUCCAUGACACUAUAUCUAUGACAAACACAUAUCUAUCAUGUGUGUGGCUGGCUGGCCAUCUGUCGGGAGGGCUUUGAUUGUGUUGCUUUGCAUAAGUGAAUGCUGGAAUGCACCAGCUGCAUCCUCUGGAGAGAAAACAUGUGCGGAUGGGAUUGGCUGCAGAAGGGAGGAAGAGGAGGAGGAGAAGGAGAAGGAGGGAAGGAAAGAGAGGAGGAGGAGGAGGAGGAGAAAGGAGAAAGAGGCCACCUGCUCUGGCCAAUUGACAGACAACGGCCGGAGAGAGAAGCCGCCAGCCCGGCUCUCUCCGCAGCUGGCAAAAAUUAAUAAUAGUAGUAGUAAUAAUAAUAGUAACAACAACAACAACAAUCGGCACAGAGGAGGACCCUUGGCCCCAAAUCCUGCAGAGGCCGAGGCGAAGAAAGCGUGCGACUGGCUGCGGGCCGCUGGGUUCCCCCAGUAUGCCCAGCUCUAUGAAGAGUCGCUGUUCCCUCUUGACAUCUCCGCGGUGAGGAAGGACCACCACUUCUUGGACCAGGACUCCCUCCAGUCCCUCUGCAGGAGGCUCAUGACCCUGAACUCGUGCGCCUCCAUGAAGCUGGAAGUCCACUUUCAGCGGAAACAGAAUGAAGACCUGGAGGAGGAGGACCUCUGUGCCAUCAGCCACCGCUGGGCCUUCCAGAGGGACAGCAAGAGGUGGUCCCGGAUCGGCUCCGACGAUGACUCCCUCCCGUGCGCCUUGGACGGAGACCCCGCUCCCGCCGCGAAGAAGGCGUCCAGCCAGGAGAGUGUCCUCACCGACCUCAGCGCCGACCUGGAAGCCGCUUCGCUCCACAGCGACGCCAGCACCGGAAGCACCGCCCGGACCCUCCCCGCCAUGCCUGCUUCCCCCUCUCCCACCUUGGACAACUCCAACCCGAACUCGAGUGACCGCUCGCCGACCGACCCCUCUCCCGGCCUGAGUGGGAGCAGCAAGGAGAAACCCAAGAAACGCCGGACGCGGAGCUUCCUGAAGAGGAUUGAGUCUCUGAGAAGGAAAGACAAGGAGAAGCCGGACUCUGCUAAAGCCCAAGAGGAAGGCGAGGCUCAGAGUGAGGCCCCCUCGAGAAAAGAUCCCGGAGACUCUACAGUUGGGAAUGGCUCGCUCCCCAGAAACAAGCCAACAUUUGAGCCCAAGUGCGGUAGUGUUUAUCUCGAGGAUUAUGUUACGGACAAAAGAAGGGACAAUUCGGUUCAAUCGGACUCGCUCAGAAGGGAUUUUUUGAUCCAUAUCCCCGGGGACUACAAACCGGGCACUUUCCCCAAAUCGCUCUCCAUCGAAAGCUUGUGCCCCCUCGAGGGUGGCCGCCUGCCCGACUGGAAGCCCCACUGCAACGGUUUCCCGGCACGCGGCGUGGACAGCCCUAAGCCUCUCCGGAAGAGGAGACCCUCCUGCGGCUCCACCGGCAGCCUCUACGACAACGUCCCCGAACUCGGCGACGAAGACAACGACCCGUUCGACCCCGACGGCGAGAAGAUCUACGAGAACCUUGACGACAUCCUGCGGCACGUCUGGGGCCUGCAGCAGAAGGUGGAGCUGUGGUCCCAGGCACUGCGGCUGGACCCGGGUGGAGAAAACCUUGGGGAGGAGGAGACGGACUCCGGCGGGGAGCCGGCCAGCGGGAACUUCGAGGAGCGGUCCGUCUCGGACAUCGGGACCUCCACGAGCGACUUCGAGAGCACGGCCAACUCUCUCAACGAGGGAGAGGACACGGAGAUGAGGGAGCGGAGGGACUCCGGGGUGGGGGCCUCUCUCACCAGGCCUUGCAGGAAACUCCGCUGGCACAGCUUCCAGAACUCGCACCGUCCCAGCCUGAACUCGGCCUCCUUGGAGAUCAACCGCCAGUCCGCGGCGCAAGUGAACCUGCUCCAGAAGUGCUCCCUCCUCCGCCUCACGGCCCUCAUGGAGAAAUACUCCGUCCCCCACAAGCAGACCUGGGCCUGGACUGUCCCUAAAUUCAUGAAGAGGAGCAAGACCCCCGACUACAGGGACAAGAGGGUCUUUGGGGUCCCACCGAUAGUCAACGUCCAGCGGACCGGGCAGCCUCUCCCCCAGAGCAUCCAGCAAGCCAUGCGCUACAUCCGGAGCCAGUGCCUGGAUCAGGUGGGCAUUUUCCGCAAGUCGGGGGUCAAGUCCCGGAUCCAGGCGCUGCGGCACAUGAACGAAGCCUCUCCUGACCACGUCAACUACGAGGGGCAGUCGGCAUAUGACGUGGCGGACCUCCUCAAGCAGUACUUCCGCGACCUUCCGGAACCCGUUUUCACCAACAAGCUGACUGACACCUUUUUGCAGAUUUACCAAUUUGUGCCCAAGGAGCAGCGCCUGGCGGCCGUGCAGGCGGCCAUUGUGCUGAUGCCGGACGAGAGCCGGGAGGUCCUGCAGACCCUCCUGUACUUCCUGAGCGACAUCGCCUCGGCCGAGGAGAACCAGAUGACCUGCGGGAACCUGGCCGUGUGCCUGGCCCCCUCCGUCUUCCACCUCAACGCCUCCAAGAAGGAGAGCACCUCCCCCAGGAUGAUGCACAAGAGGAGCACGGUGGGCAAACCCGACCAGAAGGACCUGAGCGAAAACAUGGCCGCCACCCAGGGCCUUUCCCACAUGAUCGCCGACUGCAAGAAGCUCUUCCAGAUCCCGCACGAGAUGCUGCUCCAGCUGUGCAGCUCCUACGUCUCGGCUGAAGCGCAGCCGCUCUCCUUUUCGGAGCUGAAAUCCCCGGACGAGCUGGAGUCCGGCCUCCAAGGGCUGCUGAGGGACUCCUCGGAGCGCUUCAAGGGCUGGCUCGGCACCACCGGGCCCCGGAACACGGAGCUCUCCUGCAAGAAGGUGGGGGACGGCCACCCGCUGCGCCUGUGGAAGGUGUCCACGGAGGUGGAGGCCCCCCCGCAGGCCGUGUUGCAGCGUGUGCUGCGGGAGCGGCACCUUUGGGACGAAGACCUGCUCCAAGGGGAGGUGGUGGAGACCCUGGGCAAGAACGCCGAGGUCUACCACUACGUGACCGACAGCAUGGCCCCCCACCCAAGGAGGGACUUCGUGGUCCUCCGGAAGUGGCGGACGGACCUUCCUCGGGGAGGCUGCCUCCUGGCCUCGGCCUCCUUGGACCACAAGAAGCUUCCCUUGGAGUCGGGGGUCCGGGCGGUGGUCCUGGCCUCCCAGUUCCUGGUGGAGCCCUGCGGGAUGGGGCGCUCCAGGGUGACCCACGUCUGCCGCACGGACCUCAGAGGACGGUCCCCAGACUGGUACAACAAGGUCUUUGGCCACCUGUGUGCGGUGGAACUGGCCAGGAUCCGGGACUCGUUCCCCACGCUCAACCCGGGCGGACUGGAGACAAAGAUCUGAAGUUGCCACCAUCUCCCGACACUGCUGGUGCUACUGGAGAAAGAAGGGAGAAGCUGCAAACGAGCCUUUGCUCCGCGGAGGAGGAAGCAUUUCCCCCAUCACCCGUGCCUUGUUGGUGCUCCGCAAAGCGUCUCCUUGCUUGGAAAGGGCCGGGAUCCUCCGAAGCGCCCCUCCUUUGGAUAACGACCACUAGUGUUCAGGAUCAUAGGGAUGAUCCAAGGGACUAGGGAGAGUGAGGCAGAAAAUGACCAGCUGGGCCAGAGAUGUGGUGCAAAGAUAGCCACCAAUAUGUCUAGAAGGUUGUAUUGUCGAAGGCUUUCCCGGCCGGAAUCACUGGGGUGUUGAUGUGUGGUUUCCGGACUGUGUUUUAACAGCAGUUUCUUCUGGUGUUUCGCCUGCAUCUGUGGCUGAUGGCAUCUGCAGAGGAUCUGAUGAGAAUCUAGAUACCUGUGGAAUAAUGUCCAGGGUGGGGGAAAGAACCAAUGCAUGUUAAAACAGCUGUGAAGGGUGCAAUUUGCAAGCUAGAUGUGUGUGUACGUUGAGUGGGACCCACUCAUCAACAUGUGAGUGGGGCAUCUGCAUGGAAGUAAGCAUUGCUUGCUGCCUUGGAGACAUCCUUAGCCUGGACGGUGCUCACGAGCCCUUCAUGAAUGAAUGCCAGAAAAUAGAGGCAACGUCUUGUGGAGACGGAAGUCAAAGCCAUGUUUGUGGAGUUGAGAAUGGUGACGAAUGGGGAAGAAUGUCAACUGCUGACCAAGUGUGUCUCUGGGAGAGACUGCAGCAUGUGUGUGGCUUGUAAAACAGUGUUGUAAAUAUAUAGGAAUAAGCAUUGUGUGUGUGAAGUGUGUGUAGAAAGGGAUCACGGAAGCCAGGAAUGCGUUGUUCGUUGCUCUUGUAUUGCUACCUGUGUGCAAGUUGCAAAGAAGCAGGUGAUCAGGAGAUGCCAGGUUAGUGUCUGAUACAAACAAAGGUUCACAGAAAUCUAGUGAAAUAAUAUAUAUUUCAGGACGGAUGAGGAACAAGACAGAGCUGAUGAAGGGCAAGAGGAGUUGCUAUAUCCUUAAUGCCUAAACUCUAUUUCUGGUCCCAGAGAGAGUUGAGCCGUUCAACUGAAGGCAAUUCUGCAUAUUCACUUACAUAGGAUCCAGUGGUUUUACUCUGGGAUUGACAGGAAGUCUGAAUACAUUAUACUGAAUACAUUACAUUAUGUAACAUGACUUUUGUUCCUGGGUUACCAAAGCCACUUAAUUGGUUCUAUCCUUAUUCUUAUAUGCAGAUGAUACUGUGCUAUUGUCCUUAUCUAGUAUUGGCCUUAAAGGCUUAAUGCAUUGCUUUGCCAGUUGUGUUCCUGGGUUAUCAACGUCAUUUCCCAGUUGUUUCUAUCAUAAAAAAUGGAAAAUAUUUAUUAAACUGUAAAAACUUUGUCCUGCAAUAGCACAUUUUCCAAUUUCAACAUGGGAAAUGUCCUACUCACAGCCUGCAGAGCUUGGAGAGUCUGAAAAA